AUGGACUUCACCGCCGCGUACCGGCAUGCGUCGUGGCGCUGCAUCGCCUUCUCUCCUGGCUCGACCUUCUUGGCCUCUGUCACCGCAGACGAUGCAUGCUCUGUCGUGGUGAGGGCAAGCUCGACACUGCAAGUCAUCCGAACAUGGACGCUGGAAGCAUCGAUAAGCACGCUUGAAUGGUCUCCGGACGGCGCUUUCCUCCUGGCAGCUCAUCCUGGACAGAAGGAGGACGGCGUCGUAUUUGUCGUGUCGCUCGAUCCGGCCAAGGAAGCCAACGACGGCUCGGACUCGGGUUCAGGGUGGGUAGCCAGGAUCUCGUCUGGGUCUGAUGGCCUUUCACACGCUACAUGGGCGCCCCCUUAUGGACCAAAGACGCUCAUCUUGUUCAGCCAGAACCGCAUCCGCGCCUCGCUGUACAACCUGGUCGACCAACACAUUUCGGCUAUCGAAGGUCCCAAACAAGACAAGAUCGUCUGGACGGCCAAACAACCCAACUACUUUGCCAGCAUCCUCAAAGGUGCCGAACGUGACUCGCUCUACGUCUUCUCUUCUCAGAAGUUGACGCAUAAGGAGAGUCAGCGCUUCGCCGACAAGCCAAAGUCAGACCAAGCGUGGAAGGUGGAGCAGGCUUUUCACAUUGCCAUGAACGACGUACAUGAUGUUCUGUGGGCGCCAGAUGGGAGCUGCUUGGCUGUAUGGGAAGGGCCGUUGGAGUACAAGCUGCAAAUAUACACACCUCUUGGUGCUCUUCGGGCGACCUUCUUGAUAGAACCGGAGAGCGAGGACGGCACGCCUGUCACACGUACAGGGACGGCAGCGGCAGAGGCUCGACAGCCGUCGAAACGCCGUCAGGAAACAUCAGAGCUUGCAAGCGUAGUGGCAGGAGGCGGAAGCGGCAUUCGUCAGGUGGAGUGGCAUCCCUCCUCCCUAUUUCUUGCGGUGGGAGGCGGAGACGAAAGGGUGCGCAUCCUCGAAGGUGUCGAGUGGGAAGAGGUGGCCUGCUUGGAUCUUUCCAGUGCUUCGAUCCGAGCAAGCAAGGAGGCACCAUCUAUGCCGCUGUACGGGCCUCUGAUCGCGUGGAGAGAGCCACUGAGUUGGCUCGAGGAGACGAGGGCGCGAGGUAUCGUCGGUUUGGAACAGGCGAGCUUGCCCUUCUCUCUCGCCUCCUCCAAGGUGGAAUUGAACAAGGUCAAGACUAAGCAGGGUAUUGCCUGGAUGGCAUGGAGCCUGCAAGGCAAUCUCCUAGCCGCUGUCAACGAGCGCUUACCACAUGCCGUGUGGAUCUUUGCGUUCGCGGAGCCAGGACAAGACCGGAUGUCUGGCAAUACGCCUCGUCUGCUGGCGGUUUUGCAGCUCAAUGGUGCUGCUCGGAGGGUGUGCUGGAGACCGGGGCACGUGGGCAAGCUAGGUGUGGUCUGUGACAAUCGCGCCAUCUACACGUGGGAAUUGAUCACAGCAUCCACGUCUCAGUACAGGCAGAGAGCAGAGGCAAUCCCGAUACCGAACGACGAGCUCAAGGCGACGCAAUUGCAAUGGUCGCCAGAUGGGCAAAAGAUCCUGCUGGCUUCGGAAUCGCUUUUCUGCUGCGCUUUCGAGGCGGGCGAGGGCUGA